AUGUCUGCCGGUUCUACUCUGUGGCAGGAGGCGCGCAACGCCGACGGUCGCGUAUACUAUUACAAUGUUCAAACAAAGGCAACGCAAUGGGCGAAACCCGCCGAGCUGUUGACUCCUGUGGAGCGCGCACUUUCGAAUCAGCCAUGGAAGGAAUAUACUGCAGAGGGUGGACGGAAAUAUUGGUACAAUACAGAAAGCAAACAAAGCACUUGGGAGAUCCCCGAAGUUUACAAAACUGCACUUGCACAGGCCCAACCUCCUGCAGCGCCAUCUGCAAGUGCUUCUACAUUCGUCGCUGGUGGAACCACCUCGUUUAGCCCGUACCCGCAACAACAGCGCGAACGAGACGAUUAUGAUCGCGGUGCCCCUGAUCGUCGUGGAGGCUAUGGUGGACUGGAUACAAACAAUCUCAUUACCUCUCAACAGACUGACCCAGAGUACAGCUCCUUUGAAGAAGCCGAAAGCGCAUUCAUAAAGCUAUUACGGAGAUGUAACGUCCAGCCUGACUGGACCUGGGAACAGGCAAUGCGUGCUACCAUCAAAGACCCCCAAUACCGUGCUCUCAAAGAUCCAAAGGACCGAAAGGCUGCCUUUGAGAAGCAUGCGGCUGAAGUUCGCAUGCAAGAACGCGACCGCGCCAAGGAGAGGUUCGCUAAACUUCGCGCAGAUUUCAAUACUAUGCUGAAAAGCCAUCCGGAAAUCAAGCACUAUAGCAGAUGGAAAAAUAUCCGUCCCAUUAUAGAAGGCGAAACUAUUUUCAGGUCUACAAAUGAUGAGAACGAACGCCGACAGCUCUUCGAAGAGUAUAUUGUUGAGCUCAAAAAGACUCACGUGGAGCAAGAGGCCGUGACCCGCAAAUCCGCGAUGGACGACCUCGUGAAGAUUUUGAACGCUCUCCAGCUUGAACCUUAUACCAGAUGGGCCGAGGUGCAAAAAGCGCUCGAUGCCAAUGACCGAAUUCAGGAGGAUGAUAAGUUCAAGACCCUGAGCAAAUCAGAUAUUUUGACUGCUUUCGAGAAUCACAUCAAAUCUCUAGAGCGGACAUUCAAUGAUGCUCGUCAGCAGCACAAGGCUGCCAAGGCCAGAAGAGAACGACAACACCGUGAAGGCUUCCUAGAGCUUCUCAGAGAACUACGCUCACAAGGAAAAAUCAAGGCCGGGAGUAAAUGGAUGCUCAUCCAUCCGCUGAUUAAAGAUGAUCCUCGGUAUGUAGCAAUCCUAGGCCAAGGUGGCUCAAGUCCUCUGGAUCUAUUCUGGGAUAUGGUGGAGGAAGAGGAAAAAUCGCUACGAGAACCACGAAAUGACGUUCUUGAUGUCCUAGAUGACAAACGUUAUGACAUCGAUGCCAAGACAACAUUCGAAGAUUUCAUGUCUGUUAUGGCCACUGACCGCCGUACAGCCAAUAUUGAUACUGAUAUACUCCAACUCAUCUUCCAGCGCAUUCAGGAGAGGAUCCAGCGGCGCACAGAGGAUGAGAAACACGCGGCUGAUCGCCAUCAACGUCGUGCUGUGGAUGCCUUGCGUUCUCGCAUCAAGCAUUUGGAACCCCCCGUUCGCCUUGGAGAUACCUGGGAAUCGGUCCGGCCGAGGGUUGAAAGGUUUGAAGAGUAUACUGCCCUUGAUUCUGACGAUAUUCGUCAAAGUGCCUUUGACAAAUUCAUCCGUCGGCUCAAGGAAAAGGAGGAAGAUGUCGAUAGAGAACGUGACAGGGACCGUGGAUCCCGCCGUGGUGGUGACCAUCAUGACCGGUCUGAUCGAGACUCGCGCAACGGCUCAUAUCGCUCUGACCGCCGAGCGAGACCCAGUCGAACACCAGAACCAGAUCCAUACGAAGCGGACCGCCGCAAAGCCCAAGCAGACCGCGAGCGGUCAUAUCGCAAAGUAAGCGGUCUAUCACCUAUUCAUGAACGGAGGGAUGAUCGUGAUCGGACACGGGACAGAGAACGGGAACGAGACCGCGAUGGACGACGGGGGCCAGUCCACUAUGAUCGCGAACGCCGUGACCGAGAAGAAGAGCGUGAGCGACUAUACCGAACCCGUGGCGACCCACGUGGCAGUCGUGAUGAGUUGGACUAUGGAGGAGACACACGGAGCACUGUAAGUAACGAUCGUCGUCGUAGACGUGAUAGCGACGCCGAAAGCGUAGCCAGCCGCAGCGCCAAACGGCACAGACGCGACGACCGUGAAAAAGAUCAAUCGCGGGACCCCAGCCAUCGUGAUCGAGACCGGCGUUCUAUUGGUAGCCGUACCCCGGCGCCGUUGGCCGAAGAAGAGUCCAAGAAAGAGGAGAAGGCGGUCCACUCUGGUAGCGAAGAGGGGGAAAUUGAGGAAGAUUAG